GGCAUUCCGUUUCUACCUAUUGUCAUGGCCAGAGGCGCGUGUCUGCUUUUACUGGGUCUUGUUGGGAUUGCACUGGGCCGACCUUCAAACAUAGAACUGUGCCUGUGUACAGACAGCAUUGCACGUCUCGAAGAUCAAAACCUUCCCGCACGAUACAUGUCUUGAUUCUAAAACAUCGCAGAAACGUUUCCUGAUUGAUGCUGGCCCGCUUGGUCAUUUGGAUAUCGGUAAAGAUGGCGUAAGUGCAGGUGUAGCCGGUGUCAAUCUUAGACGUCGGAAAAGAUGGUGUCAGCGCAGGGGUCAAAUUAGAUGCAGGUCCGCUCGGUCACGUCAAUACAGGCGUUAGCGUCAGUCCGGACGGCGUAAAUGGCAAAGUUGACGCGGAGGUACACGCAGGUGCUGUCGACGCAAACGCUAAAGUUGACGUGGGCAAAGACGGAACGUCGGUGGAUGUUGGCGGUAAAGUAAACUUGGACGGUAUAGAAGUUGGAGGGAACGUCGGAGUCGCAAAAAAUGGCAGCGUAUCGGGCGGGGCUAUGCUUGGAGUAGGUCUCGGUUCCGCUGGAGGUAUUGACCUUCACGUGACAGCGGGACCUGGUGGUGUUAAAACUGGCGUGGGAGCGCACAUAGAUGCCGGACCUCUUCAUGGAUCAGCACAGGUCAACGUUGACCAGGACGGUAAGGUUGAUGCAGAGGCCAAAGCAAAUCUCCAAUUGGGAUCAGCAGGUCAUAUUGGUGGCAACGUUAAUGUUGACAACAGCGGUAAAGUAAGUGGUGGCGUUGAUGGAAGCGUAAGUGCUGGGCCUGCUUCACUCAGUGGUCACCUGGACAUCGACAACAAAGGACAGAUGUCAGGAUCCGUUUCUGGCGGAGUAAGCGCUGGGCCUCUUAAUGUUGGUGGAACUAUGAAUUUCGGAGGUGACGGCAAAGUGUCUGGAAGCGCGAAUGUUGGAGGUGCGGCUGGUUCAGGCAGUUCAUCAAAUGGGGGCUCGGGAAGCGGAGGGGACUUAAGUGGCAGCGGCAGUGGUAAUAACCCAAGUGGAUCAGGAAGCGUCAGCGGAAGCAGUUCAGGUGGAUCAGGAAGCGGCAGCGGAAGUAGCUCAGGCGGAACCGGAAGUACUUCAGGCGGAACAGGAAGUGGCAGCGGAAGUAGCUCAGUUGGAUCAGGAAGCGGCAGCGGAAGCAGCUCAUCUGGAACAGGAAGUGGCAGUGGAAGUAGCUUAGGCGGUACCGGCAGCGGAAGUAGCUCAGGAGGAACCGGAAAGUGGUGGCGGAAGUAGCUCUAGUGGAUCAGGAAGCGGCAGCUGUUGGUAACUCCGGGGGAGGCGGAAGUUCUUCCUCAACAGACUUUACAGGAACAGGCGCCGGAAGUUGGAAGCCAAAUUUGUUCAACCCUGGUCAAAUGAUGAGCAACCUGCCGACCGGCGGACAAUCUGGUACCGGUUACAACCCCGCCACAUUCUUCCAGCAAGCGGGCGUUCAGCAGUUCAUGUCGCACAUGGGUUAUGGCAGAAGACGCUGAUCGUCAACAGACACGGGGACUGAUCGUCGCUCUACCUUUAUAUGAAUCAACAUGUUUUGAUUGUAAUGAAUAAAUAGAAGCAAAUAUAACUCAA